AUGAAGCCUUGGCCUGCCUGGGAAGGAAAUGACUUCACCGACAUGCCGGUGCUGAUGAAGACGCAAGGCAAGACGACGACCGACCACAUAUCUCCUGCCGGUCCUUGGCUGCGCUACCGCGGACAUCUCGACAAGUUCAGCGACAACAUGUUCAUGGGCGCGACCAACGCCUACACCGGCGACGCUGGCACGGGAAAGAACAUCCUCACAGGUGAAGAAGGCAGGGCAAUCUCGGCUACGGCGCGCAACUACCAGUCGCAGGGCGUCAAGUGGGUCGUUGUCGGCGACGACAACUACGGCGAGGGCAGCAGCCGCGAGCAUGCCGCGUUGUCUCCCAGGCUGCUUGGCGGCACAGCGGUGAUCGCGCGCAGUUUUGCCCGCAUCCACGAGUCCAACCUGAAGAAGCAGGGGCUACUUGCGCUCACAUUUCAGGACACGGCUGACUACGACAAGAUACGCGAGGACGACCGCAUCAGUCUCGUCGGACUGGCGGAUCUAGCGCCCGGUAAGCCGGUGGACUGCGUUGUAUCCCACUCGGACGGCACAAGCGAAACCUUGCAACUCAACCACACAUUCGGCGAAUCACAGCUAGAAUGGUUCAGGCUCGGCUCGGCUCUUAACCUUUUCCAUAGGUAA